AUGUUUCGGUCUUUCGGUGCCCGUAUAUUCGCAGGAGUAUUCGUGGUCGUUUUCCUCAUCGUCAUUUUCCACAACGAAGAAUCCGCUGGCACGGCUCUACUUCCUUAUCUCCCUGUCCUCCCAUCAACAGGCUCUUCACAAUCCUCCUCGAUACUCCAAGCAUGGAUAAAAGACCGAUCUGCGCUGUCAGAAAAGUCGUGGAAGAAGAGCGUUGAACUCCGCGAUCAGAUGGCGAAGCAGCAUCCGGACAACCCGAAGAUUCCAUUCUUCCCAAUGGACUUCCUAAAAUACCCAUUCACAAUCUGGGACUUCUUCCCAGCGACAUGGACAUGCCCUCAUGACAUCCAACGUGUUGGCCGACUCGGUGACGGAGGAAAGUGGGUCUGCGGAAUGAACAUCUAUGAGAGUCUUCCUGCCCCCAAGUCCGCGUCUGCGACGAUCGGAUCACAGGAGCCCCUAUCGAACGCACAAGACGGUCUCGUCAUGUACAGCUUCGGUAUCAACGGUGAAUCCUCUUUCGAAGCCGAAAUGCUCGAACGUAUUCCUAGCGCCCGUAUCUGGGGCUACGACUUCUCGGUCGAUGCCUGGGGCCCGCAAAUCGCAGAGAAGCAUCGCCAUCGAACCUUCUUCAAGAAGGUCGGACUAGGCAAGGAGGACAAGCAUGACUCGGAGCCGCCAUUCUGGACUCUACCCAGUUUGAUGAAGCAGAAUAACCACACCUACAUCGAUAUUCUGAAAAUCGAUAUCGAAGGCAGUGAAUACGACGCUUUAGACACAAUGAUGAACGCUUUCGACAACAUGAAAACAGCAUCUGGAAAGUCCGUCCUGCCUAUCGGUCAGGUCAUGAUCGAACUCCAUCUCGGCGACGGAAUCAACACCGAAAACGCGAACGCCGGCGGUAAUGUAGACUUUGGGCGGUUUAGAACUUGGUGGGAGAGGCUGGAACGCAUGGGCAUGCGACCCGUGUGGAUGGAGAUCAAUCUCUUUGCCGUCACUUUGGGAAAGAGCAAGGCGAACCCAAGGUGUACGGAGUAUGUUUGGGUCAAUGCCAAGGACCAGAGAAGUGUCCUUUGGAAUGUAUAG